GAGAGUCUAGUGUGGGAGCCUCCAUAGGAACAGCUGCUUCAGAAAUUGCAUAGAAGUGUGUAUAUGUUCACAUAUAAGGAUACAUAUACUUCUUCCAAGUAUAUGAAGGGGGAGGAGGGAGAAGAACAAUUGCAAUAACAAGAAGAGAUUCUUAUUAAUUGGGUUAAUAUUUUUCCAUUAAAGGAUUCUUGCACUGAAGCACUCAGAAACUAAUGGAUCUCUCAUCAUGGUUAUCUGAACUGGAAAGUGAAGAACCCACCUUCAUGUACCAACCUCAUGAUAUGGGCUCUAUGGAUCCACUAUCACUUGUUGAUGAGGAGAACUCACCAUUUCCCGUAGAAAACUAUGCUCCUGAUUACUGCUUCGAUCCCAGCUUCAGCGGUUCGUCGUCGUCGCCGACGAGUUUACGCUUCAAUCCAUCCAUGAAUGCUGUUAAGACUGAAGGACCCCCCACUGCAGCAGCAUCUGCUGCAUCUGCAUCUUCCAACAUCCUCUCAUUUGGAGGGGAUGAUCAUUUACUAAGGCCAAUACUAAAUAGUGAUCAUCACAGUGGAGCAGCUACUAUGUAUUCUCAUGGUGUGGUGGGGAAGGAUGAGACUAUUGAUUUCCAGCAGAGAGAGAGGAGCAGCAAAGGGAGUAGUAGAGCAUCUUACUGUACUGCUCAAGAACAUGUUAUCGCAGAGAGGAAGCGGAGAGAAAAGCUCGCGCAGCAGUUCAUAGCCUUAUCAGCAAUGAUCCCUGACCUAAAAAAGACCGAUAAGGCCUCUCUUCUCGGAGGCGCCAUCGACCACCUCAAGCAACUCGAAGAAAAGGUGAAGGUCUUAGAAGAACAAGCCACAAGGAAAACCACUGAAUCCACCAUUCUCCUGAAAAAUUCUCAUGCAAUAUCCAAUGCUUCAUCAGCUGAUCAUGAGACCCUUCCUAAGGUUGAGGCCACACUUCAGGGAAAGACUCUUCUCUUAAGGAUCCACUGUGAAAAGAGGAAAGGAGUGUUGGUGAUGAUUUUGUCCGAGAUCGAGAAGAUGUCCCUUACCGUCGUCAACACAAGUGUCGUGCCAUUCGAAGGAUCGUCGCUCCACAUAACCGCAACUGCACAGAUUGAAGAGGGAUUCUCUACUACAGUUGAUGAUCUUGUGAAGAAUCUAAGUUUGGCUCUUAGCCAGUUCAAGUGAAAAAGAUGGGAGUCAUGUACAUAGAAAUGAGUCGAUAUAUCGAUAGUUGGUUGUUUCUUGUGUGUUGUUCUUUUUCCUUUUUUUUUCAUUCGUUUUCUUCCAUUUUGUUCAUUAAUGUAUUUCUGCAACUUAGUUUUUGGAGCGGAUGUAGCGUUAGCUAAUGCUCUUAUUUGAGUUUCAGAAGUAAGUUUUUUCAUUAAUGCUUAAGCCAUAAAAUGAAUGAAAAGGUUGCUUGUUUUUUCAUGUACAUUAGCGUGUUGUAGAUUG